UGCCGGGCCGGCCAAGUUGGAGGGCGCCCCGCCCGCCGCCCGGCGCCCUCCCCGCCGGGGCGCGCUGCCCCAGCUCCGCGCUCCGGGCCACACCGGGGAGGGCGCGCGGCGCGGCGCGGCGAAGCCGGAGGGGAGCUCCGGACCGUGAGGUGAGCGCGGGGGGCGGGGGGCGGGCGCCGGCUCUGCCCGCCCCGCCCGCCGGCCCGCUCCCCCGGCCGCGCUGCCAUAAAUGGGGCCCGCGGCGGCGGCGGCGGCGGCGGCAUCUGGCGGCAGCUGGAGGCGCGGACCGGGGCGGCGACGGUGAUGCGGGCGGCGGCAUGGAGUUCCCGGGCCACGGCGGGCGGCUGCUGGGCCGCCUGAGGCAGCAGCGCGAGCUCGGCUUCCUGUGCGACUGCACCGUCCUGGUGGGCGCCGCGCGCUUCCCCGCGCACCGCGCCGUGCUGGCCGCGUGCAGCGUCUACUUCCAUCUCUUCUACCGGGAGCGGCCGGCGGGCGGGCGCCACACGGUGCGGCUCAGCGGCGGCGUGGUCACGGCGCCCGCCUUCGCCCGGCUGCUGGACUUCAUGUACGAGGGCCGCCUGGACCUGCGCGGCCUCCCCGUCGAGGACGUGCUGGCCGCCGCCAGCUACCUGCACAUGGACGACGUCGUCAGCGUCUGCAAGGGCCGCCUCCGGGCGCAGGGCCGUGCGCCGCCCGUGACCCCGGCCCCCGGCGCAGAGCCCGCGCGCCCGCCGCCACGCCCCCUGCCCGCCGGGUCCCCCGAGCUCCGCGCAGCGGCCCAGAAGACCAGGCUGCCCGGGACCGGGCUCAAGGCCACCAUCCUUCCAGGGGCGCGGGGGCCCCCUCCCUGGCAGGCCCCGGUGGAGUCGGACCGGGCCCUGGACCUGUCGCUGAAGCCCGGCCGGAGGCGGGAGCCAGGCCGCCCGUCCGCUGUCCUCCAGACCCCGCCCUGCGGUCAGCGGCCGCGAGGGGCCGGGCCACCGGUGAGGGACCAGCAGGACUCGCCGUCGGGGCCGGACCGCGUGGGCCCCCUGAGCUCCCCCGGCCCCCUGCAGCCUCCCCGCGCUCCUGCCGCCCGGCGCCUGGUGGGAGGCUUGGAGCUGCUGCCCGGGGGGCUGGGCGGCCAGGAGCUGGAGCUGGAUGCCGAGCGGGAGGCCGCGGAGGAGGACCCGCUGGCGCCCGGCGGCCGCUUCUGCACGUGUCCGCUGUGCGGCCAGCCUUUCCCCAGCGCCCACGCGCUGCAGCGGCACCUCAGCGCCCACUUCCGCGAGCGCGACGGUGCCCGCGCCCGGCUCUCGCCCGACGGCGCCGUGCCCACCUGCCCGCUGUGCGGGAAGACCUUCUCCUGCGCCUACACGCUCAAGCGCCACGAGCGCACCCACUCGGGCGAGAAGCCCUACGCGUGCGGGCAGUGCGGCAAGAGCUUCCAGUACUCGCACAACCUGAGCCGCCACGCCGUGGUGCACACGCGCGAGAAGCCCCACGCCUGCCGCUGGUGCGCGCGCCGCUUCACGCAGUCCGGGGACCUCUACCGCCACGUCCGCAAGUUCCACUGCGGCCUGGUGUGACCCUCCGCCGCCGGGGAGGCUGGGGCGGCGCUGGGUGCUGUGCGAGGGGCCCGGAGCUGGUCAGUGGAAGCCCCGGGGCUGCCCGCUGCUCCCACCUUGUGCCCUGUCUGUGACACCGUCUUCCUCUCCUCCCAGUUCUGGGGGUGUCGCAAGGGCCCCUGAACUUAGCCCAGGCACCUCGCCUGGGGCACCCCGCGUCCUGCCUUGGGGACUCCCCUGGCCCCCUUAGGGGACCCUUGUGCAUCUGGGCCCACUUGGCGAAGGCUGCACAUCACAGAAGUUGUCAGUGAGGCCCCUGCGGGGGAGGCCCACGCACUGGGAGGCCAUGAAGCCUGGGGAAGCUGAGCGGCUGGGGGGUGCCAGGC